AUGGCGGGCAUGUGGAGGAACGUUGUCGUCUUCUAUCUUGUUGCGGCGACGGCUCUCCCGUCGUCGUUGUUGGCGGCGGCGGCUCGAGCGACUAACACGACUGCCACUACCCCUAUUCCGGUAGUCGGCGUCAAAACCGGCAUUGAGGUAAAUACAGGGAAGCGACCGGCCAGGCAGAACAUCAACAAACUAUACGCACGGGGAGGGCCGCAGUGGGACCUCUACAUCUUGGCGUUAUCAGCGCUCCAGGCUGUCGACGAAGCAGACGAGCUCUCGUACUUUCAGAUAGCAGGUAUCCAUGGACUUCCCUACAGUGCGUGGAACGGGGUUGGCCAGGUCCAAGGCGCCCCAUUCAUCGGGUACUGUCCUCAUGGAGAACUUCUCUUCAGUACAUGGCACCGACCCUAUGUGGUUUUGUUUGAGCAAACACUGGUCUCUCACGCUCUCGGAAUUGCCGGCCAAUACCCCCCCAAUGUUGCCCCGACAUAUCUGGCUGCCGCCCAGACGCUCAGACAACCCUUCUGGGACUGGGCAUCAGACCCUCGAUUGCCAGACGCGGUCACUACCGCAAACACCACCGUGAAUGGGCCGAGGGGCAAGCUUACCCUGCGGAACCCGCUGUAUAGCUACCAGUUCCAGCGGCCGGCCGUCGAGGCAAGCUUUGGGGGGCCGCUGACAAGGUAUCCCGAAACGAUCAGGUGUAUUGGCCAAGGGGGAAACAAUGCCACGGAAUCAGACCAGUUGCUCGGCUCGGUUGCUGGGGGCCUGGUCGGUAUGGUUUACGAUGUCUUCACUCGCACAAAGACCUUUGAAGCCAUGGCGUACGCCAAUCGCAACUGGUCGAGCUUCGAAAGCCCGCACAACAUGAUACAUUUUUACUCGAGCUGUGACGGAACGCUGGGACACAUCGACUGGUCAGCGUUUGAUCCGCUCUUCAUGCUGCACCACUGCAACAUCGACCGCCUUGUUGCCAUGUGGCAGGCCAUCCACUACAAAGACGCCAUGUUCAACACGACGGGGGUGUCCACUGGCGAGUUUGGAACUCCUCCGGGGACGCACAUCACGGCGGACAGCCCGCUGAAGCCGUUCUUCGACGAGAACCUGAACCUGCACACGAGCAAGUCGGUGGCAGACAUCCGCGUGUUUGGGUAUACGUACCCCGAGCUGGACGAGGACGAGCCGACCACUCCGGACGGGCUGGCAGACCACGUCCGCGCCCAGGUCAACAGCUUGUACGGCAGCGACACUCAGGGGGCGAAGCACCUAUCAGCCCCGGCGCAGCCCAAGCCGCCGCCAGCGUGCUACUACACGGCCGAAAUCUCGCUCGACCGCGCCCAGAUCCCGCUUCCGGCGACGGUGAAUCUCGUUGUGCACGGCGGCCUCGUCCUCGGCCACAUGUCCAUCCUGGCGUUGCCGUGCGAGGGCACAGCCUCAGCCAGCCUGCCGCUGCGCGAGGCGCUCCUCCGGGGCAACCUGAGCCUGCCAGACAUGACGCCAACCACAGUGAUUCCGUUUCUGGAGCAGAACCUCGAGGUCCUGAUUAGCACAAGUGACGGCACUGACAUUCCCAUCCUCACCGCCCCGAGCCUCCAGCUCGCGGUGCAGAACAUUGGGUUUGUGCCGCGGACAAACGACUCGACCUUCCCCCACUUCGGCGACACAACGAGGUUUUGGGCCAUGCCGGUGCGCCAGUAUGACGGUUGCUAGAUCGUGGGGGGUGGAAGGGUUGAUCAUGUCUGGCUCGAUUCUCUACAAGUAUUUCUUUUGCUUUUCUCUUCUGGAGCCGUGUAUGGCCAAGGCAAGAACGAUAUUCUUCUUUUUAUAAGUUGGCGGUUGACUGUUAUUCUUGUUUCUGCACUUUGCUCUACAGAAAUCUUGCACACAAAAUCUAGGGACGCAUCAUAUACUCCCAGGUAAAUGUAGUGUAUUCUUUUGUUUAUGGCCGAUGAUGAUGUUCGAAACAAAUGGCCACGUGUUGAGAGUUGUUGCAGGAAUUAUGAACCGAGGG